UAAACUGCCAACAACAACCGUAGAAGAAGAAGAAGAGCAAAAUGUUAGCAAGCUAGCAGAGAGCUGGCCAUUUAAAAAGCUUGCUGUUAAACAAUGUACAAGUCAAGAUGGGGCAGACACUGUGCAUAUGCUCCCGUGGCUCCAUCACCAUUGACAACAAAAAAUAUUACUUUGUCCAGAAAUUAGACGAAGGGGGGUUCAGCUAUGUUGAUCUGGUAGAGGGGGUGAAGGAUGGGCACUUCUAUGCCUUAAAGAGGAUCCUCUGCCAUGACCGUGAAGGUCGCCAGGAGGCUCAAACGGAGGUGGAAAUGCAUCAGAUGUUUAAUCACCCCAACAUAUUGAGCCUGGUUGCAUACACCUUUGUUGAUCACGGAGGCAAGAGUGAAGCCUGGAUACUUCUGCCUUAUAUUAGAAAAGGAAGUCUGUGGUCUGUGUUGGAGAAGCUAAGAGACAAAGGGAGCUCGAUGCCAGAAAAACAGAUUUUGCAAAUCUUCCGUGGAAUCUGCGCUGGACUAAAGGCUAUUCAUGAAAAAGGCUACGCACACAGAGACCUGAAGCCGACAAAUGUGCUUCUGGAUGAGGACGACAGGCCGGUUCUGAUGGACCUGGGCUCAAUGAACCGUGCGAGGAUUGAGGUUCGAGGAUCCAGAGAGGCAAUGACCAUUCAGGACUGGGCGGCCCAGCGGUGCACCAUUUCCUACAGGGCUCCUGAACUCUUCAAUGUGGAGAGCCACUGCAUUAUAGACGAGCGCACUGACAUCUGGUCCCUUGGUUGUGUGCUUUACUGCAUGAUGAUGUUGGAAGGGCCUUAUGACCUGGUAUUUCAGAAAGGAGACAGUGUUGCCCUGGCUGUCCAGAAUCCGGUGUCCAUCCCACCGUCUUGCAGUUACUCAGAAGGCCUGCAGAUGCUGCUAAGCGCCAUAAUGGUGUCAAAUCCCCAGGAGAGACCAAACAUCAGCUGGGUCCUCGACCAGGUACAGGACCUGCAGAGUCGCAGCCCAAACACCCAAACCAACAUGGUCUGAUCUCGCACGCGGCGCUAGAUGUGGGAUCACGGAAAACCUUUUGCACACUUACAUGAAUGACUCUUUAUUUCCCAGCUUGAAAUUAUUUCUUUAUUUAUUGAUGUUAGAGGGAAGCCGAGUUACAGAUUUUCACUCAUGUUGGGGAGCUUGGCAACAGUAUUAGCUUUUAGGUUGGAUAGUUGUCCUCAUAGUCUUAGUAAAUAGAUCUGAAGAAUGUGCAAUGCCGUAAGUGUAAUUUGAUCCUUUCGGGAAGGCUCAGAUGUUUUGUCUAAUAAUAAUCAAUUAGUAAUCUUGAUGGGGGGGCAGUUCUAGAUUUUUAAAUUUUUAUUUAUGGCUCUGCCUUACAAACACAGCUUUAGAUGUGCUGUCUGCCCCUUGCCCUCCAGGUAGUGGCUGUAGCUUCAACAAUUAAGCAUAUUUUAGAGUAUGCUUUUAAGAAAAGAAACAGUUUUUGGUCUUAAAGUUGUAGUGGAUUCUUUUCUCCUUUUUUUUUUUAGUAACGAGUAAAGAGAUAAACUAAAAGCUUUGCCAAACUGUCCAGUGGAUGAAAUCUACCCGAGUUCAGUACAUAUCAGAUGACGUUCCCCACCCAGAAGGAAUAUGAUCUCAUUCCAUGUGUUCUUUUUUUUUUUUUUAAUCUUGAUUCCUCAGUGCGUCUGUACCAUUAUGCGGGUUGCACAUUGUUUGUGUGUGCUGUGAUCAUCAGCGUAGACCUUUUCCACACCCCUUUCGUUCACAAACAUUUUGCCUGAACUGGAGAAAAGAGGUAGAGCGUUUCUCACUUGCAAUACUUCGUCUGAACACACAAAGGUGCUCCACCAUCACAGUCCCUUUCUCCACGUAUUCACAUGGUAAUGUACCAUAUGUGUAAAUGAACUGACUUUUUGUCGAACACAGCUUUAAGUAUGUGUUUGCACAAAAAGAAAAUAGAGAUGGGGUCAGGUGUUGCUGUUACAGCCCUGAACACAUUCAUUUUAAUCAGUUUAAGGACUUGUUUAUAUUAACUGUAAGUUGAAGUCAUUAUCAUUUGUGACUUUUAACCACUUUCUUUCACUUUUCGCUGUAUUGUGUUUUUAAACAGUUAAACAUUUUGCAUUUAAACUAUACUUUGGUUUCAGUCCUGGGUUUCUUGUCAUGUAAAUGUCAUCUUUCACUUUGGUUUUCUCAGGUUGAAACCUCAUCUCAAAGGGUCUAUUUAUUUAUUUUUUUAGCAGACCCAAAUGGUACCAUCAAAACUAUUAUUAAUCAAAGUAAUAUUAAGGGCAUUUAAGUUAAGUUUAAUGCUUUUUUUGUGACUGUAAUGCUUUGCGGUGAUACAGGAUCAUAUUUAAAUUGUGCUCAGUAGUUAACUCAUACGGUUUAUUGUUGGACUAUAUUGGAAUGGUAAUUAAGACUCUGUUUGAUUAUAUUAUCUUUUAAAGCAAGGUUUUGAUAUAUUAAAUGACUGUAGUUGUUAGUAGGAAAGUAAUACUGGGUGGAGCCUAAUGGUUUUUAGGUAACUCCCAGAUAUUAAUAAGAGUGCAUUAUUUGUUUAUUUGUUUAAUUCUAUUUCAUUUCUUAUUCACUGCACAGUAAAGAAUAAAUAAAAACUAAACAUGUA